ACAAUUUUCCGCCAAAUCAUCAAUCUAAUAAUUAAAAUAGAGCAACCCUAAUCUCUAUACAUUAUUGCUAUGUCCGACACAUUUUGAAUUCAACUCAUUUAGAGGGAGAGGGAGGUGGGGAUGGCAAUAUUGUACGCGUUGGUGGCACGUGGAUCUGUUGUUUUGGCGGAGUACAGCUCCACAACGACGACGGCAAACGCGAUCGCCAGGCAAAUCCUCGAAAAGAUCCCUGGGAACAACGACACCAAUGUUUCGUACUCUCAGGAUCGGUAUAUUUUCCAUGUCAAACGUACCGAUGGACUCACCGUACUUUGUAUGGCCGAUGAUACUGCCGGACGGAGAAUUCCUUUUGCAUUUCUGGAAGAAAUUCACCAAAGAUUUGUGAGGACAUAUGGCAGAGCUGUAUUGUCUGCCCAAGCGUAUGCCAUGAAUGAUGAAUUUUCAAGGGUAUUGAGCCAACAAAUGGAGUAUUUCUCAAACGAUCCUAAUGCUGACAGAAUAAACCGUCUAAAAGGUGAAAUGAGUCAGGUGCGCAAUGUCAUGAUAGAGAAUAUUGAUAAAGUUUUGGACAGAGGUGAUCGUUUGGAGUUGCUGGUUGAUAAAACAGCCACAAUGCAAGACAACACUUUCCGCUUCAGGAAGCAGGCUCGACGUUUUAGAAGCACUGUAUGGUGGAGAAAUGUUAAGCUAAUGGUUGCGUUGAUAUUCCUACUCCUGGUUAUAGUGUACGUUGUUUUGGCUUUUGUUUGUCAUGGCCUUACUCUUCCAACUUGUCUGAAGUGAGGAUCAACAUCAAGUGGGAUCUCCUUGCCUUUUCCGGUACUGUUUAUUUGUUUAGUAUAUGUGCAAUUCAACUACCUUAGAUCUUCACGAGGAAUGCUUUAUCUUGUCUUGAAGAAACCUCGGAAUUGUGUGUAACCUUUUUAGUGAAAAGUUGAGCUUGUUCAGCUUUUUUGUUUUUCGAUUCCUAGUUUGAGAAGUUAAGAUGCCUGAAUUGUUCUCAGGGCCUCUUUUGUCUAUCGAGAUAUUUUGGCACUGGGAAACAGAAUAAUUCUGUAAUCAAAUUGUGAAACGAUUGUAAUCGUCUCCUUAUUUAUUUGUGAAAUUAUUAUGGUUUAAUGUGAAAUAUAUUUAUUCA